AUGGCGGCGGAAGAAGACGAGGAUGACUACAUGUCCAUGGUCAUCGAGGAACCACUACAGAAAGAGACAUUUACGCAAAAGAAGCGCCGGCUUCAGCGAGAGGCCGAAGCCCGCGCAAAAGUCCCCUCCAAAGCCGAACGCGCCGCACAGGAAGCCGCUAAACGGGAUGAAGCCCUAUCAACCAGCACACUAAACCCCUCGAAUAAGGGCUUCCAGAUGAUGGCGAAGCUUGGGUUCAAGCCGGGCCAGACAUUGGGUAAACCUUCGGAUGAUGCUGAUCCGUCGCGCGAUAAAGAUGACGGUGAUUCCAAUGCGCGGUCACGCGCAGAGCCACUGAACUUGAUUUUCAAGGAAGACCGCGGCGGGAUAGGGCUGGAUGGUGAGAGGAAGCGCAAGUUCCGGGAGGAGGCUGAGGAGGCUGCAAAGAAGGUCAAGGCUGAGGAAGGCGAUUAUCGAGACCGCGUACGUCUAGAGCGUGAAACGAAACGGACUGAGGCGCAAUUCCACGCAGCGCAAAAGGUCGCGGAGCGACUGGAUGCGGCUGAGAAUGGAGAAACAAGCUUAUUUACUACGAAUGAUGUCGAGAAUAAGGAUGAGGAGGAUGAGGAGGAUGAGAACGGCAAAGAGUCGGAUACUGAAGGGGUAAAAGCCCAGUCCAAGACCAAGGUUAAGCCGACAUCCCAAAUCAAUGUGCUAUAUCGGGGCCUUGUACGUGAGCGAGAGGGAAAGGAACGCGCCAUUCAGACCCGACAUAUGUUGCAGACGUCUUUGCCAUCGUCCUUUUUCCCGAAUCCGCGUUUACCGGGAUAUGACGAUCCUGUACUCGACCAAGAGGAUCAGGAGGCCCUUGGUGGUGGGCGCGACCUGUCUACUGUUCUCGAACAAGAGGUUGAGGAAGAAGACCCGGAACUCGAUGAGUUCAAUGCGCUCGACCCGGCUGAGCGGUUGAAGAAAAUAGUGCAAUACCUCCGCGAAAAGCAUAAUUACUGCUUUUGGUGCAAGUAUGCCUACGACACAGCUGAGAUGGAAGGAUGCCCAGGUGUGACUGAGGAAGAUCACGAUUAA